AUGCUUCCAGGAAAGAUCAUUGUGCCCUUGUCACCACCGAGCUCUCCUCGCAUGUCUGGUCAAGACUACAAGCCAGUACUACCUGGUUGGCAAACGCAUCAAGACCAUCAGUCGUCUUAUGGGCAGGGGUAUGCACAUGCACCAGGCCAAUACCAAGCUCCUCAGGAACCUGUGCCUAACAGCCAUGUCCUGAGCGUGCCUCAAGGUCCUUCGUUGAGAUCAUACAAAACUUCCCCAUACCCGCUCAACGCCCAGUACUCUGCAGGUAGCACUGCUCCGAGUUCAUACUCACAACUUGCAUCAUCAGACUCGAAGUCUCACACGACCCCUCAAUCGAGUGCAGGCGCUGGACAGCAGACUCUGAGCGAGUCGCUACCCGGUAGCCCAUCGUCUCACUUGAGCCCACACUCACAAGGAAUCGACCCCGAUGAUGAGAUUGCAGAUGAAGAUGAUCAAGAUGCAAGCGGAGAUGCUGAAGAUGGUGACAAGCCUCCGAUGACCGCAGCCGAGCUGAGAAAUCAAAAGCGCAAGAUGAAGCGAUUCAGACUUACCCACAACCAAACAAGAUUCCUAAUGAGCGAGUUCAGUCGUCAAGCUCACCCCGAUGCUGCGCAUCGCGAACGGCUUUCGAGAGAGAUUCCUGGCUUGAGCCCAAGACAAGUGCAAGUCUGGUUCCAAAACAGACGUGCAAAGCUGAAGCGUUUGACAGCCGAGGACCGCGAAAGGAUGAUGAAGUCAAGAGCUCUGCCUGACAACUUUGAUAUGACACCCAGUCUUCACAGCAACUAUGGCUCAGCCCCCGGCGGCAUUACACCUGGCGCAUCUCCUGCCAGUUACGGCACUGUCAUCCACCAACCCGGGCACAUUCGUCCAUUGACUCUCGACACACUUCGCCGAGGAGAAAUGGGACCCAGCUACAUCAGUCCGACCGGCAUUCCUCCUGGUAUGACAUCAAUGGCAUACACCCCGCCCCACUCAGCAACAGACACCAUGUCUCCAGUCUCUAGACCACCCGAGGGUGCCGCUUAUGGAUACACUCCUCGAUCGAAUCUGGACAGUCCUCAGAGAGCCAUGUUCCCGGGACCUCCUUCAUACACCAGCCAAUACUCACAGCCUCCACGACUUCCCGUACACGAUAGAUUCAGACGCGCAAGCGGAGAGACUGCUACCUCAUCUCCUUUGAGAUCGAGCAUGUCCUAUGGUAGCCUGAGCGGCGAAAGCUCACAACAUCCCUCGGAGGCAAGAACUCCAGGCAUACCAACAUCAGAAGGCCAGGGAUACAUUUCUCAACAGGAUGCACAGAGAAACAUGCCUCCUCCAAGUGGACCAUAUGGCCUGGGUAUCCCGCCUUAUGGUUUCCCAAGCUACCAAUCUAGCGUGCGCCCAGCUCAGGCACCGACCAGCGGCCCUCCCAGCAUCGACAUGAUCAAUGCAUACCACAGAGACAGCCAACAACUGCUCAGCCAACACCCUUCCUCUUUCCCCGAAUACCAACAAUACCACAACCCUACUCCUUACUCCACACCUCAGAUGCCCCACUACGCCAACUUCAGCAACCAAUUCGCCCCGCCCCCUUCUUCAUACUCUGGCCCUUAUAUGCAGCGUUCGGAGCAGCAACAGGCACAGUCUCAGCCGCAAAUCCAUCAGCAGCCCCAACAAGCGCAACAGCCGCCGACUUCGGUAGCAUCCGGCGCGGCUCAGCGGUCCCCAUACCCUACACACCGCAACAACGAUUCCGAAGCCGAUCACAGCGAUAGCGGCGUUGCUAUCGGCGCUUCCUACUAG